AUGUACGCCCGCUUCCGCACACGCUCCAAGUUCUACAAGCGUCCUGAACGGCCGCUGCGCGCGUACAAUGUGAGUCCCAACACGCUGCGCCGCCCGAAGGUCAAGCCGGGCCUUCUCAGGGGCGUGCACAGCGACGAAACCGUGGACCUGCGGGAUCGGGAGCGGCUGGAGCUGCUGGAGUCGAUUCGUCACCCCAGGGAGCGCGACUUUUACCAGGACCACACGUACCACAACCAGUGGAUUCGCCGCGACCUGGAACAACACCAGAAGAUGCAGUUGUCGGCGCGUUACCGCUACUUUGCCCCGGAUUACGUCAUCACACCGUGGAUCUGGUACCCGGGCGACGUGGUGGAGGUGGUGAGCGGCGAGGGCGUGGGGCAGCGCGGGGCGAUCAUCGCGGUGGCGAAGUACAAGAAUGAGAUCAUCGUGCAGAACAUCAACGUGCAGGAUGUGGUGAUCCCUGCGUCGGAGACGCGGCCGGAGCAGGUGGUGCAGCGGGAGCACCCCAUCAGUGUGGGGCGGGUGCGACACGUGGACCCGUCGACGAACGAGCUGUGCAACCUGGACGUGGUGCGGGUGCGCAACAAGGAGACGGGGGCGCUGGAGGAGAAGCGCAUGAGCCUUGAGAGCGGGGUCCUGCUGCCGAUCCCCCCGCUCGACAGCAGCAUGGAGGUGGGCGACCCUUUGAAGGACACGCCCAUCCAGGACGCGGACGAGGCAACGUACGACCGUGAGGCGGAGAUGGCGGUGCUGGUGCAGCGGCGCCUGCACGCGAUGGAGGACUAUUUUGUCCGCAGUUUGCGGGAUUCGUACAACUUCCACGAGCCGCUGCGGGCGAAGAACGCGGAGGACAUGCGCGCCUUCCAGUCAGGCGUCGUGGAUGCGGCGUCGACGGCGUUGGCGGAGAAACUGCUCGCCGUCGACGGGACUGCGCUCCCCGCGUGGUGGAAGGACGCCAUCGCCCCGCACGUGGAGGGCAUCAAGGCGGAAAUGCUUGCUGCGGCGGAAGAAGAAGAAGAAGCCGCCAAGGCGGCGACGGCGGCCGACGGCGAGACGUUAGAGAGAGCCAUGGAGCAGGAGGACGGCUUCAUCGAGGAUGGGGAAGAGGAGGAGGGUGAAUCCGACAUGGAGACGUGA